AUGGAGACGUUUGAGGAGCCGGGAUUUACCUGCCUUGCCUGCGCUUGGGCUUUGGGGUUUAAGAUGUCAUCUCCAUCCAAUAUCGUGUCCGACGCGUUCGAUAUAAUGCAACAGAAGGAAAACACCAAGACCGUAUCUUCGAUGCCCAAUUGGCAUUAUUACAAUGUGCUCCCCCACGUAUGUGUGAACGGAGCGUCUACGGUUGACGCCCCACAAGCUUCGACAGUUGACAUAGAAAGCUCUGCGGAGGAGUUUUAUACCUUCGGAAGCGAAUACUAUUCCUUUGAAAUCUCGACAACUAUUACAGGAGAUGUCCUCGUCCCCGGGGGCUUACGGAGACAUCAAUCCAGGACAUCGGUCGGUCCAGUCCUCUCUCAAUAUCCGAUCAUGCAGUUUGCAGUGGAUAUUUCUCAACCAGAUGUACAGCUGCAGAGUCCUAGCCCCCGGGACUACCCCAGCCUCGUCUCUACCCCCGAUGCGGUCCAGCUUUCGCCAGUACAAUCACAUCCAGAUCCUCCCGUGGCUGUGGAUUUGUAUCAAUGCUGGAGUGCCUAUAACGCUAACCCGGAGAGUACUCAUCCGAUGGAAGAUGCUUCGCAAUGCGCUGUCGAAUUGCGCGGCUUGAUCCCAUCUGCCUCUCCAAGAACGCCAGCAUUUGAAGACGGUCCAGGUCCAUGUGAUGGAAAUUCACCCGACAGUACAGAAAAAUCCCAUGAUCAUCCUGUCUCUCUCCUGCGCAACCGAUCAAUCCCAUUGCCCACAAAUUGGGACCAGGAGGAGUUUGAGAAAAACAGCCAGUCCAACGAUACCUAUGAAGUAGAGGAUAAGAGACAUCCUAACCAUGCGUUACCCAGGCGUACCUACAAUCUUCGUAACCUGCCGAGCCGGUCACAGAGCAGGCAUACCUACAAUCUUCGUAACCUUCCAAGUCGGCCACAGAGCAACGGAAAACUCAAGCACUCACAGAGAACCGACUUGACGAAGGUAAAACGUCAUUCGAGAGCCAAUCUGGAGAAGAUGACGGUCGCAGGCAUUUUCUCGCACAGGCUCGCUGCCGACACCUGCCUGCGAACUUCAGAAUUAGACGAAUGGACGAGUCUACUGAUUGACGUCUCGAAUCAUGUUCCGCGUUCUUUGUCUGCGUCGGGUCAGGAUGCUCUUUCUGUUCUACUCGACAAUGUGGUGGUGGCGCAGCUCUCAAAUCCCCAAGAAGCUGGGCGGAAACAGAAGAGGGACAAACAAGUAACACUGAUGGACACCUCGGACAUAGCCGUUGAACUUUGUAACUUCAUGGCAUCUCCGUCUGCCCUACUCCGUACAUUAUUCCCUGCCCGUUCGGGAAUCGACACGAGUCACCCCGGUUUGCCGGUAAGACCAAAUCCGCAGCGAUCUUCAGCCCUGUUGAUAUUCAUCAGGCAAUUAAACCCAGUCGCUCCCCUCAACUCCAAAUGUCUCAAGAACAAAUCUCCAAAGGAUAUUCGAUGGAGCCCCUGA